GGAGUGGGGCUGAGGUGACAGAUCAGCCGUGGUCAGGGAACGGGGCAUCAGGAACGAGGGGCAGAGUGGUCCAUGGCUCCUUUUCUGAGGUGAGGCCUGGGUAAUGUGGCCAAUAAACUCUGCUGUGGUGGGGGCUGGUCCACCAGACCAAUGUUAUUUUCGCUGAAACUUCUAAACCUCACAGGUAGAACUAGAACUCCAUCCAGGGUGCCACGUGUUAGGAGGGAUGUCAGAACCUGCCUCUCUCCUGACGGGCUGCAGAAGACAUUUAUUAGAAUGUCUCUGGGGAUUUGAGUAAUGAUUAGGGAGGUGGACGGGGAGCCGAUCGAGCGGCUGCUUUGUCCUGGACGGUGUCGAGCUUCUCGAGAGUUGUUGGAUCUGCACCCACCCAGGCAGUGGAGAGUGUUCCAUCACACUCCUGGCUGGUGCCUUGGAGAUGGGGGAAAGGCCUUGGGGGUCUCGCCCAGCCUCUGAUGAGGGCAGAAGCUGCUCUGUCUGCAGGCGGGGACUGCGCCAGAGGCACAGAACAGUGCGGCGUCUGCCUGUGGCGAGGUUCUUCGCCCGAGAGAGCAGGGAACACACCACAGGGAACACGUGGGUCCAGGAACGGGAGAGGAGGCAGAGUGGGGGGGUUAACGAGGAUGUCAGGGCACGGACUGGCUGGUGAGAGGGACAACCACAAUCUCCCCUACCUCAAUUAAAAUACCCCCAUCCCCCACAUUCAAUUCAAAUACCCCCACACCCCACACACAUUCUGCUACCCUCCGCCCCCUCAAUUCAGACCUGUCUCCCCUCCCCUCCCCUCCACACCCUCCUCCUCCAUUGGGAAUGGAGGUCAAAGUGUUGUGUUUCCAUAAACCUGUCGGGUGGGUGGUGUCGGAUUGGCUAUCUUCGAAUCCGCUGGUUCUUUCAGAAGUCCAGGAAUGAGUUGGAGACAACUCGGUGCUUCACAAAGUUUUAUUGGAAAAGUUUAAAACAAAGGAACAGUCACAGAGCACAUGGCACCAGCCUUACCACUGGCAGAUGAGCCGAGACAAAUAACACAGUGCCCGAUGCCUCGGACUGUGGUUGUCGUAGGAGCUGGUGUCAGUGGGCUCGCUGCUGCUCUCCAUCUGACCAGAACUGCCGCUGCUCCCAAGGUGGUCCUGCUGGAAGCGAGAGAGCGCACUGGCGGUUGGUUGCAGACCACACGGACGGAGGAAGGGGCGAUAUUCGAGCAUGGACCCAGAGGAGUCCGGACCUCAGGAGCAGUGGGCAAGAACACCCUCCAACUGGUGUCCGAGCUCGGUUUGGACCCCGAGGUUCUUCCAGUCACCUACAGUAAUGCUGUCAUUAGGAACCGGUACCUCUUUACCGGCGGCAAGCUUUGUGCAUUACCUUCCAGCAUCAGGAGCGUGUUCUCCCGGCUCCCCCCCUUCUCCCUGCCCCUGGUCCACAGCCUGGUGCGGGAACCCUUCGUUAGACGGAGCAGGGAGGCGGACGAGAGCGUACACGGCUUCUUCACCCGCAGGUUCGGCCAGGAGCUGGCGGACUACGGUGUGGACAGCCUGUGCCGUGGGGUGUUCGCUGGCGACAGCCGCCGGCUCAGCGUGCGCUCCUGCUUCCCCGCACUCUUCCAGGCCGAGCAGAGCUUUGGCUCCGUGCUCCUCGGGAUGUUGGCCGGAGCAGGAGCUACCAAAUGGGACGGAGUGCAGACGGGGAUGCUGGAGCGGGCCCGGCGUGAACGCUGGGCGCAGUGGACGCUGCGGGCGGGGAUGCAGGCACUGCCGGAGGCCAUGGAGGCAGCCCUGCGGAGCAGGGGGGUGGAGAUCCACCUGCACACACCCGUCACCCAAAUCCGACCCACCGCCGACGGAGCCUGCCAGGUACUGAUCGAUGGAGGGACACUGACUGCGGACCACGUCUUCUCUUCAGUGCCAGCUCGAGUGCUGAACCGCCUGCUGCCCCCUGCCUGGCACCCACUGACGGAGGCUCUGAGUGAGAUCGCGAGUGUGUCGGUGGCUGUGGUGAACCUGGAGUACAAGGGUCUGGUGCUGCCUGUGUUGGGUUUCGGACACCUGGUUCCGUCGGCGGAGUGCGGAGAGAUCCUGGGUGUGGUCUACGACUCCUGCGCCUUCCCACAGCAGGAUCGGCCCGGGCAGCCCACCACCAGGCUGACGGUGAUGAUGGGUGGAUCCUGGUUCACUGCGGCCUUCGGAGAGCCGGGGAGUGUGGGCGCGGAGCUCCUGCGGCAGCGAGCAAUCACAGCCGUGCGCCAACAGCUGGGGAUCGCGGCCCAGCCACUGAGGACCAUCGUCAGGGUGCACCAGGACUGUAUCCCACAGUAUGGACUCGGACACUGGAAGCUCCUGACUGCCAUCUCUGAGUUUAUUGAGCACAACCGUUUACCGCUGACUCUGAUCGGGGCCUCGUACCAAGGCGUGUCGGUCAAUGACUGCAUCUACCAGGCACAGCGCGGGGUGGAGUGCCUGAGGGACUGACGGGGCUCUGGACGAGGGGGUCCUCGGGCACACUUCCACAGCCGGGGACCCCGGGGUCUCCUCGCCCCCUCCGACCCCCUUCCCCCCACCCCCAACAGACCGAGAAACGAUCAGGCUCCCCUCCCAGGUCACUGAAGGUGUCGUCUCGGCCCCAGUGUGGUAACGGGGGCUUCACCAGCACCUAACGGGGCCAUUCCAGAGGAGAACAGGAAGAUGCCCCCCCGCGGGGAGGACAGGAAGAUGACCCCACCCCACCCCGUGGGGAGGACCAGACCCGACUGCGGGGGGAUCUCAGGGACUGGGCCAAGUGUUGCCGGGCUCCCAUUUGAUGCCUAAAUGCGUCGGGGCUGGGGCUAUUUACCCUGGAGCGGGGGAGGCGGGUUGGUGGGGUGGGGGGGUGACCUUGAAGGCAUGAGUAAGGUGGGCGGUCACAGCCUUUGUCUCAGGGAAGGGGGUCUCUGAAAUUUGGGGGCACUUGUUUAGGGUGGGGGACCUGAGGGGCAACUGUUCCACACAUAGGGAGGUGGGUGUGUGGAACGAGCUGCCCGAGGAAGGGGUACAGGUGGGGACGGUUACAGUGUUCAAGAGACAUUUGAACAUCGGCCUAGCUGGCCAUCCACGGGUCCCGGCGGCGGCGGCCAAGGGUUCCGGCUGGUCCGCCUGCCUGCCAGUCUUCCAGGCUCACGUCCGCGCGCGGAGUCCUUGGAGAGGGAGCACACGGUAUCCGUGGGCAGCCUGGUUGAGUUCCACGCUCGGUGGGCCCCUCGGGAUCGCGUGUGUCACGGACAGUGAGAAUGCGAUUCUCAUCUGAAGUGUGUGUGCGUUUAGUGGGUGUUUAGUUAGUGUUAUUUUGCUGUAGUUCUGUAGAUGUUUAGUUUGUUUUCUUCUCUUCCUGUAUCAGUUGUAGUGUAGUGACACUGGUUGUCCUUUUGUAGUGCUUUUAGUUAAUAAACCUUUAUAUUUUAA